AUGCCUCCGGGUGAACAACACCUUGAAGCCUUUGGAGACAUGGUCACAGAAUUCAUCAAGGCGUUCGAGGUCGAAGAUGCUCUUGUUAUAGACAAGGGGCAACCGUUAUUCCAAUCAACGAUUAUGAGGAAGUGCUGGGAGACCGGGAGCUUCUGGUAUUUUCAUGCGGUGAACAGUCCAAAGGCGCAUAUUCUGUGCCGAACACUGCGAUACGACGCUUUUCGACAGGGUGGUAUCAUCAUAUUGGGCCGUGAUGUUGACGCUGUGAUUGAGGAGAAGCUCAAGGAAGAAGAUCAUUAUAAAGAGCAACUACGGAUUGCGUUCAUCGCCGACCCUGGUCUCAUGGAUAGCACCCGUAAGUGA